UGAAGAUGGGAAAGAGAUUAACCCUCAUAUACCCCAGUAUAUGUCUUCUGCUCCAUGGUAUUUGAAUGCGGAGAAACCUAGUCUAAAACAUCAAAGGAAAUGGAAAUCAGAUCCAAAUUAUACAAAAUCUUGCUUUCUGUUUUGGAAAUGGCGUUUUGCUACUUGAAGAGUUUUAAUUGAAUACAGCACACAGGUUUGUUUUCUGUAGCUUCAAUGAGUUGCAAAGGAUGAGCAUGGUUUAGACGUGUUAUGCUAACUAGAACUGACCCUUUUUCGCGUGUCCCUUAGCAUUAUUUGUUCUAUUAUGGAUUUGAUUUAUGUAAACAAAUAUUAUUUUCGUUGAGGUGUCAACAAUGAAUUAAAGCUUACUUUUCUUAUCUAAAUAGAGUUUGCUGCUUUCAGUGUCUAGUGAGGGCUAAAAUCCUGAUUGUUAUGUAGCCUUUGAGUAUAGCUUUCUUUAUUCAAAGCCCACUAAACCUUUCAUUAAUUCAUCUCUUGCUAUUCAAAUAUGGUCUUCUGUACAAAGAUACAUCACAUGUGAACUUCACUUUAGGUGCCAUUUUUUAUUUCAUUUGUUGCCUAUGUUAAUAUCUAAUAUGGUCUGCAUUGGAUCAAACAGAAUUGCUCACCUUUGCCAGCUUAGUAGCCUGUUCAUAUUAAUAGAUCUGAUUAGUUGAAAAAACACAGUAUUUCUAUUUUUAAGACUACACAGAAAAUAAUAAUAGAGAAACCCACUAACUUUUUGGUUACUUUUACUCUUAAGCUGUGGAGCAAUGACUCAUAAUGUGAAAUCAUGCAUGGAGCGACCUAGAAAGAUUGGAGCAAAAUGGACCAACAUGCAUAUUGCUCCUGAUGAGAAAAUAGAAACAUUUGAACUUGAUUAUGAUGGCAAGCGGGAUCGGUGGAAUGGUUUUGAUCCAGCAACCUAUGCUCGUGUUAUUGAAAAAUAUGAACAAAGGGAUGAGGCUCGGAGGAAGUACUUGAAAGAACAGCAGUUAAGGAAAUUGGAAGAGAAAAAUAAUAAACAAAAAGGAGAAAAUGAGGUUAGUGAUGAUGAUGAGGAUGAAGAUACCCUGAAGGAUGAUGAGGCUAAAGUUGAUGAGAGCAAACAGAUGGACUUUGCCAAGGUUGAAAAGCGAGUUAGAACUACUGGAGGUGGCAGUACAGGAACUGUAAGAAAUUUGCGUAUCCGGGAGGACAUUGCCAAAUACCUUUUAAAUCUUGAUGUCAAUUCAGCUUAUUAUGAUCCAAAGACCCGUUCCAUGCGAGAGGACCCCCUUCCUGAUGCAGAUCCUAACGAGAAAUUCUAUGGUGGAGACAACCAAUAUAGAAUAAGUGGUCAAGCUUUAGAGUUCAAGCAACUUAAUGUUCAUGCUUGGGAGGCAUUUGAGAAAGGGCAAGAUAUCCACUUGCAAGCUGCACCUUCCCAAGCUGAAUUGCUGUUUAAGGAUUUUAAGAUAAUCAAAGAGAAGUUGAAGUCACAAACAAAGGCUGCCAUAAUGGAGAAGUAUGGAAAUGCAGCAACUCAAGAAGAGCUUCCAAAAGAGCUUCUUUUAGGACAAACAGAGAGACAAGUUGAAUAUGAUCGUGCUGGAAGAGUCAUUAAAGGCCUGGAGACCUCUCUGCCAAAAAGCAAGUAUGAAGAAGAUGUAUAUAUUAAUAAUCACACUAGCGUAUGGGGUUCCUGGUGGAAGGAUCACCAAUGGGGCUACAAAUGUUGUAAACAAACCAUACGAAACAGCUACUGCACUGGGGCCGCAGGAAUUGAAGCUGCCGAGACAGCAGCAGAUUUAAUGAAGGCAAACAUUGAACAUAAAGCAGCAUCUGAAGAUACUCCUACUCAAGCAGAGGAGAAAAAGCUUGCUGCUUGGGGAACUGAUGUGCCUGCUGACCUUGUCCUGGAUCAGAAAAAACUUGCCGAUGCCCUUAAAAAGGAGGAUGAAAGAAAGAGGGAGGAAAAAGAUGAGAGGAAGCGCAAGUAUAAUGUUAGAUGGAAUGAUGAGGUCACUCCUGAGGAGAUGGAGGCAUAUAGGAUGAAAAGGGUCCAUCAUGAUGAUCCAAUGAAAGAUUUUCUGCAUUAGGUUGUCUUGUCCUUAAGUGGUUGUUGCUAUCAUUAUAUCAGUUUGGAAGAAAUAUUACAAAACAAAAUUGCUAACAGCCAAUGUUGAUUGUUUUGGUUCCAAUAUCGGUUGGUGUUUUGUAAAUGUCAUAGACAAAAGGAAUCUUUGAGGAGAGUUUCAAUGGCAUUUUGCUAGGAACCCUAGAAGGAUUACACUAAUUUAAGGAAGACUGAAAGAUCUUAUACCAUUUAUUUGUUACAACU